AUGAGUAUCUCGGACUUGCCCGUGUUGACGGCCGGAUUCCCAACUUUCCAUCCAUUUUCCCGCCUUCCUCCCGAACUACGAAUCCUGAUAUGGCAUGCGGCCUUGCCAGAGAUUGACCCGCCGGCAAUGUCUCCUUACCAAGCCGGUUGUUGGCGUCCUGUUCCUGUGACCGAAAGCGAGCAGGAAGAUACCUUCCAUCUGGCUUCUGUGGAGAUGGAGCUUCAUCACGAAUUGCUUGAUCCUAUCCGUGUGAAGACACCACUCACCGCCGUGAGCCAUGAAGCUCGCAGCGUCGCCAUUGAAUGGGCUCUCAAGCAGGGCAUUGAGGUCCAAUUUCAUGAGGGCAGACAGGGUCUUAUCUUCUUACGCACGUUUGACCCAAUGCGUGACGUGAUAUGGUUUGGUCAAGAUUCACUUGAAGCUUUUGCCAAGGAGUGCUGGGGGGUGCAUGCACUGGCUAAUGAUCCUCGACAAACGCUUACUGUUCCUAUCGAUACUGGCUCUUUCGCUAUCUCUGAGCGUGUGUUGAUGGAGGAUGCGUCUUUGAAUUUCGUUCUCGACGCAAUUCACUGUUUUUCCGGUGAUACAGUUAUGUAUGUCAUCGCCGGUGAGCACCCAAGCUUUGAUAUCAUCCAUGGUAACUGUGCAAAAGCUCAGCCGCGGUGGGAGAUUGACGACUCACAAAAGGCGAAAGCACUUGCUUGGAAUCGACAUAAGAAGAGAUUUGACGUGAAGAGCCCAAACUGUGGCCGCGAAAUCCUCCAUGCGCUCUGCUACAACCGAGUAUUGGAGGCCAGUCAAAUGGUAUCUGAACUUCCUAGUCCAUCCGGCGGAGAACGCACCACCGCCUUUGAGAUACGGCCUGUCUAUGCCGUCAGACUGUGA